AUGUCCAAUCCACUCACUAACCCGGUGCUUGUGGUGAGUAAAAAGGAACGAGGCCGCGCGUACGCCGAUUUGGCUGUCCAAGGAACAAACAAUUCGUCCAUUGCGUCGAAGAGGUCUGUAGAGGCUCUUUAUCUGCCCAGGCUUGUUCACGGCACAAACAAGGAGUACUUCAAGUACUUUGUUCCAAAAGCGAUCAAGAGGUCCCCCUGUAUUAACAGAGGGUAUUGGCUUAGGUUACACGCCAUCCGGUCCAGGCUAAAUGUGAUCAGAUCAGAAUUCCCAAACAAUAAGCUGCUGAUCGUAAACCUUGGAUGUGGUUUCGAUCCUUUGCCCUUCGAAUUUUUGGACUACGGAAAUCACAAUACGUCGCCAUUUCAUGAGAAGACGCAUUUCUUGGAUAUCGAUUAUUCUCAUCUAUUGAGAAAUAAAGUCGAAAUCAUCUCUAAGACACCAGAGUUGCUCAAUAUCAUUGGCCCAAACGAGUCAUCCUUAACCGACUGUUACACUUCUUCCAAAUAUUGUGCUGUUCCUUGUGACCUAAACAAUUCCGCAAGUUAUGAACAACUACUAGCAACACAGCCGCUGCUCCAAAACACCGAUGUGAUCAAAGUUUUCAUUGCGGAGGUGUCACUGGCAUAUAUGACCGCGCAGAAGGCAGACCAAAUUAUAUCCAUGUCUUCGAGGGUAGAAAAGUCACACUUCUUGCUAAUGGAACAGAUCAUUCCCCAGGGGCCCAGUGAUCCGUUUGCAAAGCAGAUGCUAAAACAUUUCAAAAAGAACGAUUCACCUUUGCAGACGGUCAAUAAAUACCAAACUGUCGACCUUCAAUUAGAAAGAUUUAAACGAAAUGGCUUUCCAAAUGUGGAUGCCUGUGAUUUACUGAGUUUGUGGGAUGCCGUGGAAAGCAAAUUAAAAGAGGAGAUUGAGACUAUCCAGCCAUUUGACGAGUUGGAAGAAUUCCAGCUAUUUGCUCACCAUUAUCUCCUCUUACACGGCUGUAAUCACGCCUCGGUGUCACAAAUAUCUACGACACCAUACGACGUCGGUGAGCAAAACUUGGCGGCAGCGAAAGGGUUUGUGAUUUCCCCCUAUGGCCAGUUGAAGAUGUCAUUUGGGUCAGCAGUUAUAACAAGCGAUAAGAGGGUGUUAUAUUUUGGAGGAAGUACACCGGCAAGAGUCAACCACAUACUGGAAAUGACAGUACAAGAUCUAGACUCCUUCGUUACGAAAAGACAGAAGCCGAAUGACCUCCCUGAUGCAAGGACAUGUCACACGUGGACAAAGUUGGGGAAUGGGAAGGUCCUGUUAGUGGGUGGUAGAAAUGCGCCCCACCGUCCAUACAACGACAUAUGGAUUUAUGAUACGGAACACAAUUUAUGGGAACAGAAAACGAGCCUACCAUACCCACGUUUUAGACAUUGUACCGCACAAGUAGACGAAAAUUGUGUGUUGAUAUAUGGGGGUAGCUCUACACUAUCGGUUACACCAUUCAAUAUAUGUGACGUCAAAAACGGCACAGUGACUGUUCCAGAGGGGUCCGCUGUCUUGAAAUGCUUGGCCUCUUCAGCCAUGGAUCGUCACCCCGCGCUUAACGAAUAUGUCAUACUUGGAGGGUAUGACAAAGAAUCUGUAAGUGUUUCUGACGAGCUCGUGGUAAUCGAAUUAGCUACAGAUCAUGUUAUCCGAGUGCUACGGCGGUUCAAAAACCCGUUGUUCCAAAGGUACGGUUCAAAGAUGAAAUUUAUCGACAACAAGCGUGUGGUCAUAGUGGGUGGAUCAUCUCCAAGUUCUGUCUUCAACACCCACAACACAAUCGUAUUGGUCGAUGUCGAGACAGGCCAAAUAAAGUCAAUCCCUAUCCCUGAUCACAUCUGGCAAGACCACCAGCUGCUGUUUGUUGGGUUUGAGCUGGAAUUUCUGCCUGAAUCGCGGGAAUUGAUCGUCAUUGGUGGUGGGGCAACAUGUUACGGGUUCGGACAAGUCUACAACACCACGCUGCGCAUCGAACUCCCCGCACUAGACGCGCUGUGA